GCCCGCCGCGCCUCGGCGCCCGGUGCGCAACGCUGCUGCCCGCGUCGGCCCCUGCUCCUGCUGCUCGGCGCGGGGCCCCUCGGUGGCUGCCUGGCCAGCCCGGUUCCCUCCGCGCCCCUGCCCGCGCUGGGGCCGUGCGAGCAGCCCUGCCGGAACGGGGGCGUGUGCACCCCGGGCCCCGCGGGCGAGCCCGGCUACAGCUGCACCUGCCCCGCCGGGGUCUCCGGGGCCAACUGCCAGCUUGUUGCGGAUUCCUGUGCCAGCAGCCCUUGUCACCAUGGCAACUGCAGCAGCAGCAGCAGCGAUGGCUACCUCUGCAUUUGCAAUGAAGGCUAUGAAGGUCCCAACUGUGAACAGGCGCUUCCCAGCCUCCCCGCCUCUGGCUGGACCGAGUCCAUGGCCCCCAGGCAGCUUCAGCCUGUCCCCGCCACCCAGGAGCCUGACAUCAUCCUGCCCCGCUCUCAGGCGACCGUGACUCUGCCCACCUGGCAGCCCAAAACAGGGCAGAAAGUUGUAGAAAUGAAAUGGGAUCAAGUGGAGGUGGUCCCAGAUAUUGCCUGUGGGAAUGCCAGUUCUAACAGCUCUGCCGGUGGCCGCCUGGUAACCUUUGAGGUGCCACAGAACACGUCGGUCAAAAUUCGGCAAGACGCUGCGGCCUCGCUGAUUCUGCUGUGGAAGGUCACGGCCGCGGGAUUUCAGCAGUGCUCCCUCAUAGACGGACGGAGUGUGACUCUUCUCCAGACGCCUGGGGGUCUGGUCCUCUUGGAAGAGAUGCUCGCCGUAGGGCACAAUCACUUCAUCGGUUUUGUGAAUGAUUCCAUUACUAAAUCCAUUGUGGCUUUGCGCUUAACUCUGGUGGUGAAGGCCAGCACCUGUGUGCCGGGGGAGAGCCAUGCAAAUAACUUGGAGUGUUCCGGAAAAGGAAAGUGCAGCACGAAGCCGUCAGAGGCAACUUUUUCCUGUAGCUGUGAUGAUCAGUAUGUGGGCACUUUCUGUGAAGAAUUUGAUGCUUGCCAGAAGGAGCCUUGCCAGAACAACGCCAGCUGCAUAGAUGCAAAUGAAAAACAAGACGGGAGCAAUUUCACCUGCGUCUGCCUUGCUGGUUAUACUGGAGAGCUGUGCCAAUCCAAGAUUGAUUACUGUAUCCUAGACCCAUGCAGAAAUGCAGCAACAUGCAUUUCUAGUCUCAGUGGAUUCACCUGCCAGUGUCCAGAAGGGUACUUCGGAUCGGCCUGCGAAGAAAAGGUGGACCCGUGCGCCUCGUCACCGUGUCAGAACAACGGCACCUGCCACGCGGACGGCGUGCACUUCACCUGCAGUUGCAGCGCGGGCUUCACGGGGCCCACGUGCGCCCAGCUGGUGGACUUCUGUGCUCUCAGCCCCUGCGCGCACGGCACCUGCCGCAGCGUGGGCACCAGCUACAAAUGCCUCUGUGACCCAGGUUACCACGGCCUCUACUGCGAGGAGGAAUACAACGAAUGCCUGUCUGCUCCGUGCUUGAACGCAGCCACCUGCAGGGACCUCGUUAAUGGCUAUGAGUGCGUGUGUCUGGCCGAGUACAAAGGAAUCCACUGCGAGUCUUACAAGGACCCCUGUGCUAAUGUCAGCUGUCUGAACGGAGGCACCUGUGACAGUGAGGGCCUGAAUGGUACAUGUGUCUGCGCACCAGGGUUUACAGGUGAAGAGUGUGACAUCGACAUAAAUGAAUGUGACAGUAACCCCUGCCACCAUGCUGGCACUUGCCUGGACCAGCCCAACGGUUAUACCUGCCACUGCCCACACGGCUGGGUGGGUGCAAACUGUGAGAUUCACCUGCAGUGGAAGUCCGGUCACAUGGCGGAGAGCCUCACCAACAUGCCCCGGCACUCCCUCUACAUCAUCAUCGGGGCCCUCUGCGUCGCCUUCAUCCUGAUGCUCAUCAUCCUCAUCGUGGGCAUUUGCCGCAUCAGCCGCAUCGAGUACCAGGGCUCUUCCCGGCCAGCCUACGAGGAGUUCUAUAACUGCCGCAGCAUCGACAGCGAGUUCAGCAAUGCCAUCGCCUCCAUCCGGCACGCCAGGUUUGGAAAGAAAUCCCGGCCUGCGAUGUAUGAUGUGACCCCCAUCGCCUAUGAGGAUUACAGCCCCGAUGACAAGCCCCUGGUCACACUGAUUAAAACAAAAGAUUUGUAA